UGAUUGCAAUUUGUCAAUAUGACAUUUGAUUGACGUUUAAUAUUUUUCGUGUGGUAAGCGUUUGUGCGCGCAAAAUAUAAAAUUAAAGUUCUUGAUUUGGAGUUGGCGUUUUAGCUCUUAAGCUGGCCAAAUAAGUCUUCAAUCUUUCCUCAGAAAUACUGAAGCAACUUAAACACCAAAAAAAAAAAAAAAAAUUUUAAUGGAAAACAUUAAAAAAUCUAAAACUAUUUGGCUUCCUUCUGCGGACGAAGCAUUUCUAGAUAUAUGGGGUGAGAAGGCAGCUGAAUUGCGAGGUCCACGCAAGAACUCACAUAUAUAUGCGGAGAUGGCUCAGUCGCUGGGAGUUCUUGGACAUGAGGUCCGUCCAAUUGACAUUAAAUAUAAAAUUCACAAUUUCACAAUGAAAUAUAGAAAAUGCAAAGCAGAACAAGGGACAGGAUGUUCUCCUGUUUCUUGGAAGCACUACCAGAGGGUUCACCAAAUAAUAGGAAGCGAUAGAGUAAAUAAUGUUGAUGCGGUCGUUGUGGAUAGUAUAACAGGCAUGCCUGAUUCGGUUGCUUCGCCAGCUCCAUCACUUUCGCCAAUAUCGUCUGCUUCAUUUUCAUUUUCGCCACCAUCGUCUCCAGCACUGAACGAAGCUUCCGCUUCUGCGAAAGUAAGUGAAUUAAACGAAACGAUUAAAUCUGCUAUGACGGAAAACAAUAAAUUAACUGCUGAGUUAAUUGAUAUCGAGAAAAAAAAGGUUGCUGCUAUUGAGUUAUUGACAAAAAGUGUGGUUAGUUUCUUGGAGAGAAAUUAAUUAACUAAAACUUAUAAAUCCUUUGAAAUAUUGUUUGUGAAAGUGCUUAAAAAUUAAUAUGUGAAAUGAUAUUUAAGUUUUAAUGAAUUGUGCCUUUUAAAGUUGCACUAUGUGCCUACUACUAUCUUUU